AUGGAAAAACUCACUGAUGAUGCCGACUAUGAUGCCGGCGAAGCGUUUGAGAAUGCACCACGUCCACUGUCUGAUGCUGGGAAUAAUGACAACUACUAUGGCAGACGACUUCGGACUAGGUGA